AUGGGUAUCGACCUCGAUCGCCAUCACGUCAAAGCUAGCCACCGAAAGGCGCCCAAGAGCGACAAUGUCUACCUCAAGCUCUUGGUAAAGCUGUACCGCUUCCUUGCCCGCCGCACCGACUCCAACUUCAACAAAGUCGUACUGAAACGCCUCUUCAUGUCCCGCAUCAACCGCCCGCCAAUGUCCAUCUCCCGCAUCGCCAGCAAAGUGUCGACCGAGAGCGCACAGAAAGCAUACAAGGACAAGACCAUCGCCGUCAUUGGCACCGUCACGGACGACAACCGCCUGCUUACCGUGCCUGAACUCCACAUCGCCGCUCUACGAUUCACGGCCGCAGCCCGCGCCAGGAUCGAAAAAGCUGGCGGCGAGUGCAUGACGCUGGACCAAUUGGCUAUGAAACAUCCUACUGGAAGCAAUGUCGUGUUGUUGCGAGGACCAAAGAAUGCUCGUGAGGCCGUGAAACACUUCGGCUUCGGACCCCACAGCCACAAGAAGCCGUAUGUCGAGAGCAAAGGAAGGAAGUUCGAGAGAGCAAGAGGCCGAAGACGAUCUAGGGGUUUCAAGGUGUAA